AUGGCCCCGAUACAGAAGGAAUGCGACUACCUUGUCCUUGGCGGCGGCUCCGGCGGUCUCGCCAGCGCGCGACGAGCCAGCGGCAUGUACGGCGCCAAAGCCAUCGUGAUUGAGAACAAGCGUCUGGGCGGCACAUGUGUGAACGUGGGCUGCGUGCCCAAGAAGAUCACCUGGAACGCUGCGAACAUCGCUGAGCAUAUGAAGGACGCGAGGGCGUAUCAGUUUAGUUUCGAGGAGACGGCGCCGUUCAAUUGGGGUGCGUUUAAGCGGAAGAGGGAUGCGUAUGUGAAGCGGCUGAACGGAAUCUAUGAGAAGAAUUUGAAGAGCGAUAAGGUGGAGUAUCUGCAUGGGACGGCGAGUUUCAUCGAUUCGCAUACGGUCAAGGUGCUGCUGGAUGAUAAUAGCGAGGCGGAGAUCAAGGCGAAGAGGAUCCUGGUUGCGGUUGGUGGAUAUCCCAACUUGGCACCUGUUGAGGGCGCGGAGCAUGGUAUCACGUCUGAUGGCUUCUUCGAGCUUGAGACGCAGCCGAAGAAGGUCGCUGUGGUGGGCGCGGGCUAUAUCGCUGUAGAGAUGGCGGAAACCCGCCUCUUCAUCCGCAACGACACCUUCCUCCGGAGCUUCGACCCGAUGGUGCAGGAGAAAGUGACGGCACAAUACGAGAAGAACGGCAUACAUCUCCACAAGCAGUCCUCGCAAUCCAAGCUCGAGGAUCUCGGGAACGGCAAGAAGAAGCUACACUACAAGGACCAGAGUGGCGAGGGCAGUAUCGAAGUCGAUACAGUCCUCUGGGCCAUUGGCCGCAGUCCCGAACUAGAAAAGCUGAAUCUCAAAGUCACGAAAGUGGCUCAAAAUGACAAAGGCCACAUCAAGACCGACGACUACCAGAACACCAACAUCGAGCACAUCUACGCUCUAGGCGACGUCUGCGACCGCGGCUUCGAACUCACACCCGUGGCCAUCGCAGCCGGACGCAGACUAGCAGAUCGUCUCUUCGGCGGAAUGAAAGACGCGCACUUGGACUACAGCAAUAUCCCCUCGGUCGUCUUCUCCCAUCCAGAAGUCGGCAGUAUCGGCAUGACCGAGCCUGAUGCGAGGAAGAAGUUUGGCGAUGAUAUCAAGAUCUACUCUUCGAACUUCACGGAUAUGUACUUUGCUAUGCAUGAGCAGGAUGAGAAGACUCCGACUGCCUACAAGUUGAUUUGUCAGGGCAAGGAUGAGAAGGUGGUGGGAAUGCAUAUUCUGGGCAUGGGAUCGAGUGAGGUGCUGCAGGGUUUCGGUGUGGCUAUCAAGAUGGGUGCCACCAAGGCGGACUUUGAUCGGUGUGUGGCGAUUCAUCCUACCGCUUCUGAGGAGCUGGUGACGAUGAAGUAG